AACAUUUCUUUCCAUGAUGGCGGAGGACAGCGAAUCUGCAGCCAGCCAGCAGAGUCUGGAAUUGGACGAUCAGGAUACUUGUGGGAUAGAUGGAGACAACGAAGAGGAAAAUGAACACAUGCAAGGGAGUCCUGGUGGAGACCUGGGGGCCAAGAAAAAAAAGAAGAAACAGAAGAGGAAGAAGGAAAAGCCCAGUUCAGGAGGCACCAAGUCUGACUCGGCCUCCGACUCCCAGGAGAUAAAGAACCCGGCCAUACCCAUGCAGAAACUGCAGGAUAUCCAGAGGGCCAUGGAGCUGCUAUCUACAUGCCAGGGGCCCGCCAAGAACAUUGAUGAGGCCACCAAACACAAGUACCAGUUCUGGGACACCCAGCCUGUUCCAAAACUCAACGAGGUGGUCACCACCCAUGGCCCGAUUGAGCCGGACAAGGAGAACAUUCGCCAGGACCCCUACUCCUUGCCCCAGGGCUUCAUGUGGGACACGCUGGACCUCAGCAAUGCUGAAGUGCUGAAAGAGUUGUACACGCUGCUGAAUGAGAACUACGUGGAGGACGAUGACAACAUGUUCAGGUUCGACUACUCGCCCAACUUCCUGAAAUGGGCACUGCGCCCCCCAGGUUGGCUCCCGCACUGGCACUGUGGAGUGAGGGUUUCCUCCAAUAAGAAGCUGGUGGGUUUCAUCAGUGCCAUUCCCGCCCACAUCCACAUCUAUGACACGUUGAAAAAGAUGGUGGAAAUCAACUUCCUGUGCGUUCACAAGAAGCUGCGGUCCAAGCGCGUGGCCCCGGUGCUGAUCAGGGAGAUCACCCGGCGGGUCAACCUGGAGGGAAUAUUCCAGGCUGUGUACACGGCUGGUGUCGUCCUGCCCAAACCCGUGUCCACCUGCAGGUACUGGCAUCGAUCUCUGAAUCCAAGGAAACUGGUUGAAGUUAAAUUUUCCCAUUUGAGCAGAAAUAUGACUUUACAAAGAACAAUGAAGCUCUACAGAUUACCAGAUACCACCAAAACAGCAGGCUUGCGUGCCAUGGAGAAGCGGGACAUCAAACAGUUAACAGAGCUGCUGGACAAGUACCUGAAGCAGUUUCACCUGCGGCCCGUCAUGGGGGAGGAGGAGGUGUCUCACUGGUUCUUACCGCAGGAGAACAUCAUAGAUACUUAUGUGGUGGAGGGGCCGGGGGGAGUGCUGACAGACUUCACCAGUUUCUACACCCUCCCCUCCACCGUUAUGCACCAUCCCAUCCACAAGAGCUUGAAAGCAGCGUACUCUUUUUACAACGUUCACACGGAAACCCCUUUGAUGGACCUGAUGAACGAUGCCCUAAUCCUCGCCAAACUGAAAGGUUUUGAUGUGUUCAAUGCACUGGAUCUCAUGGAGAACAAGACAUUCCUGGAAAAGCUGAAAUUUGGUAUAGGAGAUGGGAACCUGCAGUAUUACCUGUACAACUGGAAGUGCCCACCUAUGGACCCUGAAAAGGUUGGGCUUGUGCUCCAGUAAAGUGCAGUUGUUUACAGUCGCCACUCUGCACAUUUUAAGAUGGAGACAGGCUGUGACUUCAGAUCUCUAACCCACCGGAUCUGCGUUGAAGAGGCAGUCCGGAAGUGGGGUAAAGAAGAAGAAAAACAAAAAAAACAAUCAAAAACGUGAAUGGAAACAGUCACUUCAAACUGUUCUCCUAGGUCUUGUUUAUUUAAUAUGAGGACAUUAUUUCAGAUCAUGCAGAAGUGAUGCCUCUCUUUACCAUUUACACCCUGAAUGUGAAACCAUAGUCUGCUCAAGACUGACUUUCAUAAAUCUUAUUUUGUCCAUCCAAGAAGGAAAUGGAGUUUUUUUUUUCUCCCCAUUGUUUUAAAUGCAUACAUCCACACAUACAUACACAUAACACAUACAGCACAUGUACACAUGGGAUUUCCUAUGUGUCCGAAGAGUGAAGGUUGUUUUUAAGAAGAAAAAAAUCCAAAAUGUUUAAUUUCUUUUUGUACUACAAAGGUGCAUUGGUAUAUGUACAUUUGAGAAAGGAAAAAAUUAGUUCUGUACAUUAAUGCCAGAUAUUUAUUGAUGUCUUUUGUGGUUUACCUGAGGGGAACAAAAAGUCCAAAGUAUUUUAUUUAGCGCUACCUUUGAUGUCACAAACUUUGGCGUUCCAACGGGAACUCAGUACGAGAUAUUUGAAGUGUGUACAUUUGAGGAAGAAUGUCGAUCUUUUUGAAGCACAAUGUGUUCUUAAAUGAGCCAACGACUCUUUACAUUGCCCCGGUGCUUUUUUAGGGAUCAUCUGCAUUUGCCCCCGGUGCAUUUUUAGGGAUCAUCUGCAUUUCUGGUUUCGCAAAAUGUAGAUGUGAAGACAAACAUUUUACCAGUCCCCAUGGUGGGUUUUUUUUUUGUUUUGUUUUGUUUUGUUUGUUUCUCCUCCCACCUCUUGCCAAACCACCAGUAAACAUUCCUCAAGCACUCCCCAGUAGUGGUCAGCCUUUCCGGUGUUUAUGUCUUGGUUGAAAGCAUGUUACUGAAAAGGGGUUUCACUUUUUAUUUAUUUUGUGAGGAUCACUAUGAAUCAGAAAUUGGGUCGCUACUGUAUGUUCUGUUCUGCAAUCAUUUAAGGCAGGGGAGCACCCAGACAAUUUCUGCUUUUUCCAGUUUUGUUUUUUUUGUUUUUUACAUCACCUCCAAAAGCAUUCUUCUGGAAAGAAUGUCAGGACCUGACUUGUAGUUGUUUAAUAUUCAAGUCACUACUGGUGAAAGCCAGAUAUAAUAUAUUUACAUCAAGAUAAUGGACAGCUUAGUACUUUACUGAAUUGAACCAGUUGUACUUUUCUUUGAUGCUUAAUGCUUCACACUUGAUGAAAUUUAAACGCUUUAAACGUUUCGAAUGUGGCUUUGUGAAAAAAACGUGCUGUGUCCCAGGUUGAAUCAACGUCCCAAUGUACUGUAUAACGCCAUGUUAAUGUCAUGGAUUGAGGAGAGCAGUGUAGAUAUCUAACCACGAUGUCUGGCAAUGCUGUAUCCAAUCAGAAAUUUGACUUUAUAACAGUUCAAUAUUUUACUAUGGAGCCCUGGUGUAUGGUGGAUGAGUUUUACCAGUGUGCUUUUUAGCUUCUUGUAUGCAUUUGAGCUUUUGGAGUUGGAAUGAAUGCCCCAAGGAUUGAUAUCUCAUCAGAUAGUGAAAGUACCCAAAGUACUUGCCUUAUUUAAAGAAAAGUUUUUUUUAAAUAUCAAAUGUGUGAUUUUGAAAAGAUGCACAGCUUUCUCUUACUGAAAACAAUAUAUUUUUAUUGAACUCCAUGGCAGGUUGUGAAAGAACUGAAGACCAAGAACCAGCACCAUUUAACAUGACUAUCAUCCAAAUAUCUGAUCAUUUUAAAUACAUGUUAAGGUAUACCAGCAUGGAUAUUUGAAUAAACUCAUCCAAACAAA